AUGUACCUGUCGCUAAGCAUAGAGCUGGCCUAUUUUUCUAUUGCAAGUCAAAGCCGGGGUCUUCGUCGGACCACAGAUAAAGAAGAUCCCGGAGUGCAAAGAUUCCCCAAGAAGCUCACUAGGAGGGAGAGGGCAGCUUGGGACAGCUUUGUGGCAGUGGUUCGGGGCUUCCUGGGCAAUCACAAUGCAGAAAACUAUGUGGAGCUGGUUGAGGCUCUGGUGAAGAACCACAGUAAAAUGGGCUGCAGGAUGUCCCCCAGAGUCCAUAUCCUUGACACUCAUCUUGAUAAAUUCAAGGAGAACGCGGGAGCAUGCUCGGAGGAGGAAGGCGAGCGCUUCCACCAGGAUGUACUGGACUUUGAACACUGCCCACAUGGAAGGUAUGAUGAGAACAUGAUUGGAGACUGGGGGCUGAUUCGUGAAAGUACUGCAGAGGGCUCAUCUCUGCAUUUCUCUGAUGCCAGGACUCCACGGCUGGCACUGGAGAAAGGCCUGGCGUGGUCAUCUAAAGGCACUCAAUGCCACCACAUGCUAAAGCACCUCCACAACGGCGCCCGCAUCACCGUCCAGAUGCCCCCCAAUAUCGAGGGUCACUGGGUCUCGACCAGCUGUGAGGUGCGUCCAGGUCCAGAGUUCAUCACAAGAUCCUACCGCUUUUACCACAACAACACCUUCCAGGCACAUCAGUUCUACUACGGAGACAACCACUGCACCACACCCACAUACACUCUGGUGAUACGGGGCCGUCUCCGCUUACGUCAAGCGUCCUGGAUCAUCCGCGGCGGCACGGAGGCCGACUACCAAAUUCACCGCAUCCAGGUAGUGUGUCACAGCGCGGCGGUCGCCAAGGACCUAAGCCAGAGGCUGAACCGCAGCUGCCGUGGUGUGUCCCAGGACCCGGGGCCAGAACAACAGUUUGGCCCCUGGGAGCCCAAUGUGAGCUAUGAGCUGUGGAGUGAAGAGGGGGGCUGUGACUGCUCACGGGGACUGAAUUUUGCCAUGCACGAGCUGCAGCUACUGCGCAUGGAGAAGCAAUAUCUGCACCAUAAUCUGGAUCACCUGGUGGAGGAGCUGUUUUUGGGGGACAUCCACACAGAACCGGCUCAGAGGAUGUACUACAGACCAUCCAGCUAUCAGCCAGCACUGCAGAAUGCCAAGAAUCACGAUCAGAGCUGCAUCGCCUGUCGCAUAAUCUACCGCUCUGACGAGUUUCACCCGCCCAUCCUGCCUCCGCGGGCAGACCUGACGGUGGCGCUGCACGGUCAGUGGGUGUCCCAGCGCUGUGAGGUUCGGCCGGAGGUCCUCUUCCUCACCAGGCAUUUCAUCUUUCAUGACAACAACAACACCUGGGAAGGCCACUACUACCACUACUCUGACCCCGUCUGCAAACACCCCACCUUCAGCAUCUACGCUCGCGGGCGCUACAGCCGUGGAGUCCACUCCACCCGGGUCAUGGGCGGGACGGAGUUCGUGUUUAAAGUGAACCAUAUGCGUGUAAUGCCAAUGGACAUGGCCACUACGUCUCUGCUUAACGUCUUUAACGGAAAUGAAUGUGGAGCUGAGGGUUCCUGGCAGGUCGGCGUGGAGCAAGAUGUCACGUUGACCAACGGCUGUGUCGCGCUGGGAAUACGUCUCCCUCAUACAGAGUACGAGCUUUUUCGCAUGGAGCAGGACGCUCACGGGCGCUACCUCCUCUACAACGGCCAGAGGCCAAGCGACGGAUCCAGCCCGGACAAGCCAGAGAAACGCGCCACUUCCUACCAGAUGCCCCUGGUCCAGUGUGCAGCCAGUAGUCAGAGCUCAGGGAUGAACCUGGGGGAACGCGGUGACCCGCUACAACAGCUCCACGGCACCUGUCGGCCGUGUCACCGAGGCAACCUGGCGGAAUUGGCCACGGUCGUCAUCUUAGGUGUGACUGCCAGGCAUUUUUUUGGAUAA